GCCUCUCAAGCGUCUAUAAAUUGUCAGAGUACCAAAUAGACAUUACGCAUCGAGUGGCCGUUGAGUCAAGUAUGGGCUCCGUUGCGCAAAUCAUCAUCCAAGAAGGAAACAGGAUAUGGGAACAAAGAGAUAGGCGUACAGAUGGAUGGAUCUUGGCAGAUUCUCCAUUAACGCCCAUCGUCGUUUCCUUAGCUUACCUUCUUAUGGUGAAAACAUUUGGACCGAAGCUUAUGGAAAAUAGGAAACCUUUCGAAUUACGAAGCACACUUUUCUUUUACAAUACAUUCCAAAUAGCUUUCAACGGUUGGAUUUUCUGCAAGAUUUGCCAUCUGACUUGGUUCAACGGUUACAGUUUGGUUUGCCAGCCAGUCGAUUACUCCAACAACGAGGAUGCCCUCCAGUUAGUUUUGAUAGGCUACUGCUUUUACAUCUCGAAGAUUAUUGAUUUUCUUGAUACCAUCUUUUUCAUAAUGCGCAAAAAGAACAAGCAAAUCUCUUUCCUCCAUGUAUUGCAUCAUAGCGUUAUGCCAUUGAGUGUUUGGAUUUGUUUCCGCUUCAUCGUUGGAGGUCAUUGUUGCUUUUUCGUCACCCUCAAUAGUUUGGUUCACGUUGUCAUGUAUUUCUAUUAUCUGAUGGCAGCCAUGGGUCCCAGAUUUCAAAAGUACCUGUGGUGGAAGAAAUACGUGACUAUAUUUCAGAUGGUUCAAUUUGUCUGCGUAGGGUUUCACAGCUUGCAAUUAUUGUUUGUCGAGUGUAACUUUCCAACAGCAUUUUCGCUAUGGUCAGUAGUGCAAGCGCUUUUAUUUCUCAGUCUCUUCAAGAAUUUCCAUUCCAAGGCAUACGCAAAAAAUGCUAGCCUGGGAUCGAAUUUCGAGUACAGUUCUGACCCUACAGAAAAAAAGCUUUCAUGAAAUUGUAAAUUCGAACGAUGCUAUAGCGCUUUUAUACGUCUCACUAGAGAAAUAGAAUACAACUACGCGGCUAAUUUGA